AUGAUCAGCAUGACCACCGACCUUAAGGGCGAAAACAUGUACGACUUUCUCGGCAAGCUCAUCAACAUUGUUCUACCACGCAUUAAAGACUGGAAUGGUGUUCGAGCGACAACGGGAGAUGGCAGUGGAAAUCUCAUGUUCGGGUUUGAGCCUGAUGUGGUCAGCAAUUUCCCUGAGAUCGAGGGCAAUUAUGAUGCAUAUCCCCCAAAAUUAAUUCCGGUAAGUGUUGUGAUAUUUGACGAAAAGAGGUCGCGAAUUAAUGUGCAGUCCUAG